UUUUAAGAAAUAAAAAAAUUAAAAUGAUCCUUUAAUUUCAGAUCGUAUGUUAGAUAUUUAAAAAACAAACAGUGCAACACAAUGACCUCCUAGACCAACUCGAACAGCUGAAAAAGACCGGAAAACGCUUCGCUUCCUGUCAUAGCAACAAAAACUCGCUUCUCUACCUAGCAGUGAUGAACCAACAAAGACACGACAUGUACGACGUUCUGGAUUAUCUCCUCAGCCUGAAGGAAGUCCCCAGAAACUCCCGAAACUGCAGAGGCAAUACUCCCUUGAUGAAGGCCUUCAUGUACGACUCGUAUUCGGAAGACUACGUAUUCAGACUGAUAGAAGCAGGGUGUGAUAUUUUUGCCAAUUUCGACGACAGAAGCACGUUACUACACUGGGCCGUGGGUAACGACUGGAUCCAAGUGGCCGAGUGCCUCAUCGAACACGGCCUCAACGUCAACGGCCAAAACUCCAAAGCAGAAACACCUCUACACUGGGCCUGCGAACGGGGGCUCAUCGACGAGAUCUGGAUGCUGCUCUUUUUCGGCGCAGACCCCAACAUCAAAGCCGACUAUCUCAAAAUCGAAAAGGGCUGGUGCGUAUUUCUGACGUAUUUGUCGCUAAGGGAGCCCUUUGAGGUGAUCACGUGUUUCGACAUAGCUGCGUGCUCGAGCGACAAGCCAGAGGUACAGGAAAUAUUUCUUCACAAGUUGGAGGGUUACGAGAAGAAUUUCAGCUUGAAGACGUUCAUUAAAGCCUUGGAGGGGAAAUCUUUGCCGUUUUCUCACCUGGUGGAAAUUGCUUCUGGGGUUAAUUACAACGAGCCUGACGCUAAAGAGUUUCUUUGCACCAUUAAAGACUACCCAGAAUUCUUCAUUCUCUUCAUCAAGAAGUUUGAUUUUGUCAUCGAGGAGAUAUUCGAGACGUACGAAAUCGACAUCCUCGACUGCGAAUACUUCAAGAAUUUGGAAGCUGUAACGAAAAAUUUGUUGGCGUUGUUUGACAGUACUGUGGCUGACACUCUUGUGGACCAAAUCCACGCAAAAGACUCGCUUCUUAUUAACUACAUCAUCGACAUUUCCGAUUACACUGAUAAUUCUUUGGAGGCCAUCACUCAGCUGAGCUGUUGCAUGCUUAGCUAUAGAGGCGAUCUAAACGCUUUAGCUAUCCACCAGAUCUACUUCACGUACGGUUAUUGCGACUUAUUCGAAAUUCUUUUCCACAUGGAUCUGUCCAAACCCAUAUAA